GGUGUUGUCCAAGAGUCGGGUUGCUUGGGAAUGCAGCCCCAAUUGGGUGGUAAGUCCCAUCCAAGGCUAAAUAUGUGCGAGGGACCGAUAGCGAAGAAGUACCGCGAGGGAAGGAUGAAAAGAACUUUGAAAAGAGAGUUAAAGAGUGCUUGAAAUUGCCGAGCGAGAAGCGGAUGGAGGGGAAGUCGUGCGCUCCCGUCUGGGCAGGGGUGGACGGUGACUGUGUUGUCGCCCCCCCUGUUGGAGGUGGGGUGCCUGCCAGCAUGGGCUGCUGUGACCGGCAUUGBGGUGGGGAGCGAUUGAAACCCCCCACGGGUGGCCGUCACGGCAGUCGAGGACCUUGAGCACGCGCCUCUUUCGGCGUGCCCGUUCGGGUUCGUGCGUGUUCGGGAUGCUGGCGAAAUUCCUCUAUCCUGCYCGUCUUGAAACACGGACCGAGGAGUUCAACGUGCAUGCGAGCCGUUGGGUGAUUAGCCCACGAGGCGGAAGAAACCUUAGUGGUGGGAACCCUCUGCGGGUGCACCGACCGCCAACCACAAUCUGCUGUGAGAGGUCCCUCGGCGGAUGGCUCAGUGAGCACCCUCCGGAUGUGCCAAACAGUCGGUGGUUGGCGGUUCGGAGUCCCGUUUGCACUCUUAUAGGGGACUGCGUGCUUAGCAGCCCCCUUGCAGUCGACGAAGGCGACGUUCCGGGCGUGGUCUUGAGAGGCAAACUCUGCAGCGGGCCGUGUGCAGGUUCCCUGGAAGGGGACGCCGAAGAGGGUGACAGCCCCGUCGACCGCCGGACCCUGCUGCGCAACGAGGUGUUGUCCAAGAGUCGGGUUGCUUGGGAAUGCAGCCCCAAUUGGGUGGUAAGUCCCAUCCAAGGCUAAAUAUGUGCGAGGGACCGAUAGCGAAGAAGUACCGCGAGGGAAGGAUGAAAAGAACUUUGAAAAGAGAGUUAAAGAGUGCUUGAAAUUGCCGAGCGAGAAGCGGAUGGAGGGGAAGUCGUGCGCUCCCGUCUGGGCAGGGGUGGACGGCGACUGUGUUGCCGUCCCCCUUGUUGGACGUGGGGUGCCUGCCAGCAUG